UAUAUAAAUAAUUAUCGUCUUCUCCUCUAAGGUCACGACGGCUUGAAGCUAGGGUUUUGGGCGACAAUUUAACGCAGGGCACGACCGGAAGAACUUGGGAAAGCAAUAGGUUAUUGGUAACAUGGCAGAUGAUGACUACAACGAUAUGGACAUGGGGUAUGAGGAUGAGCCACCUGAACCUGAAAUUGAGGAAGGUGCUGAGGUAGAGGAAGAAAACAAUGAUGAUGUUCCAGAUGAUAUUAUUGGUGCUGAAAAUGAAGAAAAGGAGCAAGAACCAGUUGAGCAUCCUAGGAAAACAUCCAAGUACAUGACAAAGUAUGAGCGUGCAAGGAUAUUAGGAACACGUGCUCUUCAGAUCAGCAUGAAUGCGCCUGUAAUGGUUGAGCUUGAAGGUGAAACUGAUCCUCUGGAGAUUGCGAUGAAAGAGCUUCGAGAGCGCAAGAUACCCUUCACCAUUCGAAGGUAUCUUCCUGAUGGGAGUUAUGAAGAUUGGGGAGUUGACGAACUGAUAGUAGAGGACUCCUGGAAGCGGCAGGUUGGUGGGGAUUGAGAGGGCCUUCAAGCCUCUCAUCCAUUCCUGCAGGAUCUGGAAAUGGACCCUAUAUCUCUUGUUUAUAGACUUUUUAUCUGCCGUUGUUUUAGGGCUAAAAAUCACGCUGAACUGUGAAUGGAUGUUGCGCAACUUUUGUCUUUAAUGGAUGGAAUUUGAGUGGAAAUGAGAGUGAUUGACGUAGUCAUAUACAGCUCUCUUUGGCUCUUUGGCCUAUUGGUUGUGAGCUAAGGCUUCCAACUAAGAGGUCUAAGGUUCGAGUAUUUCUGUAUGAGUUUAUCUUAAAUGGCCUAAAUGUACCCAAAAAAAUUUGUCGUAGUCAGUGGAUGUCCUUUUUUACUUGUUUAAUGAAUAGUCGCUCUCUAUUAUUGUUAGUGUUGCAGUGUUUUUAAAUCUAUUUUGUGAAUUUUUCUA